CUGUCACUCUGCUGGCAAUUUAAGAGAGAAAUAUCUUCAUAUUUAGUCAUUGAAACAAUUUAUUUUUGGUCACAACUGCUGCCAAACCGUCCAAACCAUAGUGUUAGAAACCAAAUGAUAUAUCUCCCCCUUACUUAUUUCAAAGACGUGCAUGUAUUUAUUUAUUUUUAUUUCAUUUGUCACUGGCUUCAUCACAUGAGAACAAAACCAUGAAGCUGAUGAGGUCAAAGACAGUAGAUGGAGCUAUUUUAGUGUUUUUUUAAGGUCACUGUGGAAAAUUUAGGAAACCCUGUACUUGAACCAUUGAACCAGUAGAUAACACCCACAUACACACACACACACACACACACACGCGCGCUCGCACACCUUUGUCUUGUCAGCUAACCCCCUCUAGUGCCGAGCAUCCUGCACAGAUGCGCAGUCUCCCAGUGUAGCCGCCGCUCCAGCUGCUCCUCCGCUGCAUCCCAACUCAUUUGCUCUCUUCGCCGCUCACAGCUCGCAGCGGAACCUGUUUGGAGACCGACAGCUGGCAGUCCGCGGCGCGUCCUCGUGCCAACAGCGGUGAUUCGUUUAACCUGCGCGCCACGGAGACGCGCCGAAUUGACGAGGGCACUUCAGUGUCUCUUUGAAACAAUGUAAUAAAGGAAUCUGUGAAGUUGUUAGGAGCCCAAAGUACCUUGAUUUCACUUCGUAUAUCUCCGCGACUUUAUCCGCCACAACCCGCCUGUUCCGCGCCGCCGACGCCGCUGUCGCCAGGUAAAGGAUGGAUCUCUUGUUCCGCCGUCCAGCAGUUCUCUUUGACCAGGACCAAAUGUAAAGGAUCGGGACCAGUAAGGACCGCUUUUGCUUCGACCCUCUCGGCCAGACUCCGUCCCUCAGAUGAAGCCGAUGAUGGAUGUUGCAGGAGACAUGAGUUGUGGGAAGAGAUUCUUCCUUGUUUCACUCUUUCUCGGAAUUGUCCUCACUCGCUUCGGCCAGUGCAACCAAGUUGUGCUGCUGGAUACGACGUCUGUGCUUGGAGAGCUUGGAUGGAAGACAUAUCCCAUAAACGGGUGGGAUGCCAUCACAGAGAUGGACGAGCACAACCGGCCCAUCCAUACUUUCCAGGUUUGCAAUGUGAUGGAGCCCAACCAGAACAACUGGCUGCGUUCCAACUGGAUCUCUCGGCAGGCGGCUCAGAAGAUCUAUGUGGAGCUCCGCUUCACCCUGCGGGACUGCAACUCCAUUCCUUGGGUGUCCGGCACCUGCAAAGAAACGUUCAAUCUCUUCUACCAUGAGACUGACGAAGCUCACGGUGUCAAAUUCAAGCCCGUGCAGUACACAAAGAUUGACACCAUUGCCGCUGACGAGAGCUUCACUCAGAUGGAUCUCGGCGAUCGCAUCCUCAAGCUCAACACAGAGGUGCGCGAGGUGGGGCCCAUGACCAGGAAGGGCUUCUAUCUGGCGUUUCAGGACAUCGGUGCCUGCAUUGCCUUGGUUUCAGUGAGGGUUUACUAUAAAAAAUGUCCGUUUACGCUGAGGAACCUCGCCUCGUUUCCAGAUACAGUGCCUCGUGUGGACUCCUCCUCAUUGGUGGAGGUGAGGGGGGCAUGCGUUGACCAUGCUGAAGAAAAAGACACCCCAAAACUCUUCUGUGGAGCUGACGGUGAUUGGUUGGUUCCCUUGGGAAAAUGCGUCUGCAGCGUUGCGCAUGAGGAGAUCGACGGCUCGUGCGUCGCUUGCCACCCAGGAUUCUACAAGGCAUAUGCUGGAAACAUCAAGUGUUCAAAAUGCCCACCACACAGCUUCAGCUACGGAGAAGGUGCUGCCAUGUGCCGCUGUGAGAAGGGCUUCUUCAGGGCUGAGAAAGAUCCCCCAACUAUGGCUUGCACUCGACCUCCGUCUCCUCCACGUAACUUAAUGUCUAACCUGAAUGACACCUGUCUGAUGCUGGAGUGGUCGCCUCCAGGCGACACCGGGGGGCGGCGGGAUCUCACCUACAACGUGCAGUGCAAGCGCUGUGGCCCCGAGCCCAACCAGUGCCGGCUGUGCGAGGAGGACCUCCGCUUCCUGCCGCGACCGUUGGGCCUGACCAACGCCACCGUCACCGUCAUGGACUUCUCGGCGCACGCCAACUACACCUUUGAGAUUGAGUCGCUCAACGGGGUGUCGAAUAUCAGCUCUCUCCCGCGCCAGGUAGCCGUCAUCACCGUCAGCACUGAUCAGGGAGGUCCAUCGGUCGUAGGGGCUCUGAAGAAGGACUGGGCCUCUCUCAACAGCAUCGCUCUCUCCUGGCAACAACCUGAACAAAGCAUGCUGUCCAUCCUGGACUAUGAGAUCAAAUAUUAUGAGAAGGAACGUGAACAGUUGAGCUACUCAUCGACACGCACCAAGGUGCCCAGUGUGAUCAUCUCAGGUUUAAAACCAGCCACUUGGUACAUCUUCAGUGUGCGUACGCGCACGCCAGCCGGAUACAGCUCCUACUCGCCGAAAUAUGAAUACGAAACCACGGGGGACUCGUCAGAUAUGGCUUCCGAUCAAGGCCAGGUGUUGGUCAUCGUCACAGCGGCAGUUGGCGGCUUUACCCUCCUCGUCAUUCUCACCCUCUUCCUCCUCAUCACUGGAAGGUGCCAGUGGUACUUUAAGGCCAAGAUUACCUCAGAGGAGAAAAGGAGGACCGAUUAUCAGAAUGGACUUGUCCCCAUCCCAGGAAUAAAGACCUAUGUAGACCCUGACACAUACGAGGACCCCACACAGGCUGUCCACGAGUUCACCAAGGAGAUCGACCCAUGCAGGAUCCGCAUCGAGAGGGUGAUCGGAGCUGGUGAGUUUGGCGAGGUGUGCAGUGGUCGCCUCAGAACACCUGGAAAGAAGGAGAUCUCCGUGGCGAUAAAGACACUUAAAGGAGGCUAUGUGGAGCGACAGAGGCGGGACUUCCUGCGUGAGGCGUCAAUCAUGGGCCAGUUUGACCACCCCAACAUCAUCCGGUUGGAGGGCGUCGUCACCAAAAGCAGACCUGUGAUGAUUGUGGUGGAGUACGUCGAAAACGGAUCGCUGGACUCAUUUCUGAGGCAACACGACGGCCACUUCACUGUCAUCCAGCUGGUUGGAAUGCUGCGUGGCAUCGCCUCGGGUAUGAAGUACUUGUCAGACAUUGGCUACGUUCACCGAGACCUGGCAGCGCGGAACAUCCUGGUCAACGGCAACCUGGUGUGCAAAGUGUCAGACUUCGGCUUGUCCCGAGUGCUGGAAGACGACCCGGAGGCUGCUUACACCACAACGGGGGGUAAGAUUCCAAUCCGAUGGACGGCCCCCGAGGCCAUCUCAUACAGGAAGUUCUCCUCGGCCAGUGACGCAUGGAGUUAUGGCAUUGUCAUGUGGGAAGUGAUGUCGUACGGGGAACGUCCAUAUUGGGAGAUGUCCAAUCAGGACGUGAUUCUGUCCAUUGAGGAGGGCUACCGGCUGCCUGCGCCGAUGGGCUGCCCCGUGGCGCUGCACCAGCUGAUGCUGCACUGCUGGCAGAAGGAGAGAAAUCAUCGGCCCAAAUUCACAGACGUCGUCUCCUUCUUGGACAAACUGAUCCGUAACCCCAGCAGCCUGCUGCCACUGGUGGAGGACAUUCAGAGUCUACCAGAGUCUCCGGGGGAGGAAAUGGACUUUCCGAUGUUUAUCUCUGUCAGCGACUGGCUGGACUCCAUCAAGAUGAGUCAGUACAACAGCAAUUUCAUGGCGGCGGGCUACAGCACGCUGGAUUCUGUGGCCCGGAUGAGUAUUGAAGAUGUGAGGAGUAUUGGCGUGGAGCUGAUCGGCCACCAGCGGCGGAUCACCAGCAGCUUACAGACACUCCGCCUGCAGCUACUGCACGAACAGGAGAAGGGUUUCCAUGUAUGAGGACGCCCUGUCAGACAACCUGGGACACGAGUGAAGUUUAGACCACAGGACAGACGGUCUACAGCCUGUGCCAGAGACUCACUGGACAGACUGGCACAGCAGACUGACCCGCGGUCUCCCUCACAUCCAGUAGUUUCUUUUUUUUUUUUUACUAUACACCCGUUUCCCAGAACGCCUGGUUCUAGUGUGUCAGUCUGUUACAGACUUCACAGACUGGCCCAGACCCUCACUUAGAGGAAUGUAAUGCCUUGUUGCAGCAGCAGUAUUUGUGUGUGGGGCGACAGAUAUCUAGAGACGUAGAUUAACGAACAUAAUCUACACAAUAUUUUCUUUUCUUUUCCUUUCCUUUUUGUUCCUCUUUCUUUUCUUGCUCCGAGUAAUGUGCUCAUGUAGCUGCUAUCAGGUGUGCAAUCGAAACAUUUUUGUCUUUUGGAAAAAAAAAAACAAAAAAAACAACGUAUCCUAAAUAUUUCUAUUUAUUAAUUCAUCAUGAAGGUAAUAUUUAUGAUUUGCAUUGCUUUGGUUUCAGCCCCCCGCCGCCCCGCUGCUGCCCCC